AUGCCGACGCUCCCAACUAGGCUUGGCCGCGCGCCUCGCCUCCACGUCGCUCCUUCGCGAGUCCGGUCGGCGCCACUGGCGUGGAACGGAAAGCUUGCCGCCCGCCCCCGCGCUGCGCCCUUCCCGCUCUUUGUGCUACUGCGUUCUCGCCUCACCUUCGCCGUACUUCUAUUUCUGGCAGCGGUGGCAACCCCAAGCUUGUCCGUGCAACCACUUUCGCUCACCUUCUCGGAUCGCCUUGCUUCCUCGGCUUCCAAGAAGUUUCCCCCUCGUUGGAGACCUAUCCUCCUUUGCCUGCAACACUAG